AUGGACGUCCACACCCGCUGGAAAGCGCGCAGCCCGCUCCGUCCGGGCGCCCGGCUCCCGGUCCCAACGCCGCUGCUGCUGCUGCUCCUGCUGUGGGCGCCGCCCCCGAGCCGCGCAGCUCAGCCCGCCGACCUCCUGAAGGUUCUAGAUUUCCACACCUUGCCCGACGGCAUAACCAAGACCACAGGCUUCUGCUCCACACGGCGGUCCUCCCGGGGCCCGGACGUGGCUUACAGAGUCACGAAGGAUGCCCAGCUCAGCGCGCCCACCAAGCAGCUGUACCCCGCGUCUGCGUUCCCCGAGGACUUCUCCAUCCUCGCCACCGUGAAGGCCAAGAAGGGCAGCCAGGCCUUCCUGGUGUCCGUGUACAACGAGCAGGGCAUCCAGCAGCUCGGCCUGGAGAUGGGCCGCUCCCCCGUCUUCCUGUACGAGGACCACACGGGGCGGCCGGGCCCCGAGGACUACCCCCUCUUCCGCGGCAUCAACCUGUCCGACGGCAAGUGGCACAGGAUCGCGCUCAGCGUCCACAAGAAAAACGUGACCCUGCUCCUGGACUGCAAGAAGAAGGCCACCAAGUUCCUGGACCGCAGCGACCACCCCGUGGUGGACACCAACGGCAUCAUCGUGUUCGGCACCCGCAUCCUGGACGAGGACGUGUUCGAGGGCGACAUCCAGCAGCUGCUCUUCGUCUCGGACCACCGGGCGGCGUACGAUUACUGCGAGCACUACAGCCCCGACUGCGACACCGCCGUCCCCGACACCCCCCAGUCCCAGGACCCCAACCCGGACGAAUACUACCCGGACGGCGACGGGGACAGCGCGCCCUACUACUACGAGUACCCCUACUACGAGGACACCGACGGCCCCAGCCAGGCGCCCGCCGCCACCACGGCGCCUGCGGAGGCCGCCAAGGAGACCACGGAGGUCCCCGAGGAGCUGACUCUGCCCCCCACGGGGGCCCCGGCUGUGCCCGAUGCCAGCGCGGGGGCCGGGAAGGAGGACCUGGACCCGCCGGACUACGACUACGUGCCCAGCGAGGACUACUACACACCAGCCCCGUACGAGGACAGCUACGGCGAGGGCCCGGGCGCCGAGGCGCCGCCCGAUGCGGCCGGCACCGCCAACGCCUCCAACCCGGCCCCGCCCCCGGGGGAGGGGAAGGAGGACCUGGACGCGGACUUCACGGAGGAGACCAUCAAGAACCUGGACGAGAACGAGAGCUACUACGACCCGUACUACGACCCCACCGUGUCCCCGUCCGAGAUCGGGCCGGGCAUGCCCGCCAACCAGGACACCAUCUUCGAGGGGAUCGACGGGCCGCGGGGCGAGAAAGGGCAAAAGGGAGAGCCCGCCAUCAUCGAACCCGGCAUGCUCUUGGAGGGGCCCCCAGGCCCCGAAGGCCCCGCGGGCCUCCCAGGACCUCCCGGGACGAUGGGCCCCACCGGCCAAGUGGGCGACCCUGGAGAACGGGGCCCCCCUGGGCGCCCAGGCCUGCCGGGGGCUGACGGGCUGCCCGGCCCCCCCGGGACCAUGCUCAUGCUGCCCUUCCGCUUCGGAGGGGGCGGCGAUGCCGGAUCCAAAGGCCCCAUGGUCUCCGCCCAGGAGUCCCAGGCCCAAGCCAUCCUGCAGCAGGCGCGGCUGGCGUUGAGGGGCCCGGCCGGCCCCAUGGGUCUGACCGGGAGGCCCGGCCCCGUGGGCCCCCCCGGGAGCGGAGGCCUGAAGGGCGAGCCGGGCGACAUGGGCCCGCAGGGCCCCCGAGGGGUGCAGGGCCCGCCCGGCCCGACCGGAAAGCCUGGACGAAGGGGCCGGGCUGGCAGUGACGGUGCGAGAGGGAUGCCUGGCCAGACCGGCCCCAAGGGUGACCGCGGCUUCGACGGGCUGGCGGGGCUGCCCGGAGAGAAGGGCCACCGGGGUGACCCUGGUCCCUCGGGCCCCCCGGGACCCCCCGGAGAAGACGGAGACCGGGGUGACGACGGAGAGGUCGGGCCCCGAGGGCUGCCCGGGGAGCCGGGGCCGCGCGGGCUGCUGGGGCCGAAGGGCCCCCCGGGCCCCCCGGGACCUCCCGGCGUGACGGGGAUGGACGGCCAGCCAGGCCCCAAAGGGAACGUGGGUCCCCAGGGAGAGCCCGGCCCCCCCGGACAGCAGGGCAACCCCGGCGCCCAGGGCCUGCCAGGCCCCCAGGGCGCCAUCGGGCCUCCAGGAGAGAAGGGCCCCCUGGGGAAGCCGGGCCUCCCAGGAAUGCCGGGCGCCGACGGACCCCCGGGGCACCCUGGCAAAGAGGGCCCCCCCGGAGAGAAAGGAACCCAGGGCCCCCCUGGCCCCCAGGGCCCCAUCGGCUACCCCGGCCCCCGAGGAGUCAAGGGGGCGGACGGCAUCCGUGGACUGAAGGGCACGAAGGGCGAGAAGGGCGAAGACGGCUUCCCGGGGUUCAAAGGAGACAUGGGCAUCAAGGGGGACCGGGGGGAGAUCGGGCCCCCGGGCCCCCGAGGGGAGGACGGCCCCGAAGGCCCCAAGGGACGCGGCGGCCCGAACGGCGACCCCGGUCCGCUGGGCCCCUCUGGGGAGAAGGGAAAGCUCGGCGUCCCCGGGCUCCCGGGCUACCCCGGCCGGCAAGGGCCGAAGGGCUCCAUCGGAUUUCCGGGAUUCCCCGGCGCCAAUGGCGAGAAGGGGGGCCGGGGCACCCCUGGGAAGCCGGGACCACGGGGGCAGCGAGGCCCGACGGGCCCUCGGGGCGAGAGGGGCCCUCGGGGCAUCACGGGGAAGCCUGGGCCCAAGGGCAACUCUGGAGGCGACGGCCCGGCCGGCCCGCCGGGUGAGCGGGGACCAAACGGACCCCAAGGACCGACGGGCUUUCCUGGACCCAAGGGCCCCCCUGGCCCCCCCGGCAAGGACGGCCUCCCCGGACACCCCGGCCAGAGAGGCGAGACGGGUUUCCAAGGCAAGACCGGCCCCCCGGGCCCCCCGGGCGUGGUCGGCCCUCAGGGUCCCACCGGAGAGACGGGCCCGAUGGGCGAGCGUGGCCACCCGGGGCCGCCGGGCCCGCCGGGCGAGCAGGGCCUCCCGGGCCUCGCCGGGAAGGAGGGGACGAAGGGGGACCCCGGCCCUGCCGGCCUGCCCGGGAAGGACGGCCCCCCAGGACUGCGCGGCUUCCCCGGGGACCGCGGGCUCCCGGGCCCCGUGGGAGCGCUCGGACUGAAGGGCAGCGAGGGCCCCCCCGGCCCGCCGGGCCCCGCGGGAUCUCCCGGGGAGAGAGGGCCAGCCGGAGCUGCCGGGCCCAUCGGGAUUCCAGGCAGACCUGGCCCCCAGGGACCCCCGGGGCCCGCCGGCGAGAAAGGAGCGCCGGGCGAGAAAGGCCCACAAGGCCCCGCCGGUCGCGACGGCCUCCAGGGUCCGGUGGGGCUGCCCGGCCCGGCCGGCCCCGUGGGCCCCCCCGGAGAAGACGGGGACAAGGGAGAGCUCGGGGAGCCGGGGCAGAAGGGCAGCAAGGGGGACAAAGGAGAGCAGGGUCCGCCAGGGCCCACGGGCCCGCAAGGCCCCAUCGGACAGCCGGGCCCCUCGGGAGCCGACGGAGAGCCGGGGCCCCGCGGCCAGCAGGGCCUCUUCGGGCAGAAAGGGGACGAAGGCCCACGAGGGUUCCCCGGGCCCCCUGGGCCCGUGGGGCUGCAGGGCCUGCCGGGGCCGCCGGGAGAGAAGGGCGAGACGGGGGACGUGGGCCAGAUGGGCCCGCCCGGCCCGCCCGGCCCCCGAGGGCCCUCCGGAGCGCCCGGAGCUGACGGGCCGCAGGGGCCCCCCGGAGGAAUCGGCAACCCCGGAGCCGUGGGGGAGAAGGGCGAGCCUGGAGAAGCUGGCGAGCAUGGCCUUCCCGGAGAAGGGGGGCCCCCGGGACCCAAAGGCGAGAGGGGGGAGAAGGGCGAGGCCGGCCCCUCUGGUGCUGCUGGACCCCCCGGCCCCAAAGGCCCGCCCGGCGACGACGGCCCCAAGGGCAGCCCCGGCCCCGUCGGUUUCCCCGGAGACCCCGGUCCCCCCGGAGAGCCCGGCCCCGCGGGUCAGGACGGCCCCCCUGGGGACAAAGGGGAUGACGGCGAGGCCGGGCAGACGGGAUCCCCGGGCCCCACCGGUGAGCCAGGCCCGUCCGGGCCUCCAGGAAAACGGGGACCCCCGGGGCCCGCAGGCCCUGAAGGCCGACAGGGGGAAAAGGGAGCCAAGGGGGAAGCCGGCCUGGAGGGUCCUCCUGGGAAGACUGGCCCCAUCGGCCCCCAGGGGGCCCCCGGGAAGCCGGGGCCCGACGGCCUGCGGGGGAUCCCCGGCCCCGUGGGCGAACAGGGACUCCCAGGAUCCCCAGGCCCCGACGGCCCCCCCGGGCCCAUGGGCCCCCCAGGACUCCCCGGCCUCAAAGGCGACUCUGGCCCCAAAGGGGAAAAGGGUCACCCAGGCCUGAUCGGACUCAUCGGGCCCCCGGGCGAGCAGGGCGAGAAGGGCGACCGCGGCCUCCCGGGCCCCCAGGGCUCCUCCGGCCCCAAGGGAGAGCAGGGGAUCACUGGUCCUUCCGGCCCCCUCGGCCCCCCGGGGCCCCCGGGCCUGCCGGGUCCUCCCGGCCCCAAAGGUGCUAAGGGCUCCUCGGGUCCCACUGGCCCGAAGGGUGAGGCAGGCCACCCAGGACCCCCCGGCCCACCGGGCCCCCCGGGCGAGGUCAUCCAGCCGCUGCCGAUCCAGGCCCGCGCGCGGCGGAACAUCGACGCCAGCCAGCUGCUGGAGGACGCCGAGGGCGAGAGCUACGCCGACUACGCCGACGGCAUGGAGGAGAUCUUCGGCUCGCUCAACUCGCUCAAGCUGGAGAUCGAGCAGAUGAAGCGGCCGCUGGGCACCCAGGACAACCCCGCCCGCACCUGCAAGGACCUGCAGCUCUGCCACCCCGACUUCCCGGACGGCGAAUACUGGGUGGACCCGAACCAGGGCUGCUCCAGGGACUCCUUCAAAGUUUACUGCAACUUCACGGCCGGGGGCGCCACGUGCGUCUACCCCGACAAGAAGUCCGAGGGGGCCAGAAUCACCUCGUGGCCCAAGGAGAACCCGGGCUCCUGGUUCAGCGAAUUCAAGCGCGGGAAGCUGCUGUCCUACGUGGACGCCGAGGGCAGCCCCGUGGGCGUGGUGCAGAUGACCUUCCUGCGGCUGCUGAGCGCCUCGGCCAGCCAGAACGUCACCUACAACUGCUACCAGUCGGUGGCCUGGCAGGACGCGGCCACGGGCGGCUACGACAAGGCCAUGCGUUUCCUGGGCUCCAACGACGAGGAGAUGUCCUACGACAACAGCCCCUACAUCCGCGCGCUGGUGGACGGCUGCGCGACGCGGAAGGGCUACCAGAAGACGGUGCUGGCGAUCGACACGCCCAAGGUAGAGCAGGUGCCCAUCGUGGACAUCAUGUUCAACGACUUCGGCGAGGCCGCCCAGAAGUUCGGGUUCGAAGUGGGGCCGGCCUGCUUCCUGGGCUAGGGGCCGCCGCCCCACCAACUCCUGACCUCAGCGCGCCCGCGGGCGUCACGCCCCGACCUCGUCCGCCCGGCGCCCGCCAGGCCGCCCGACCGCAGAGAGAGGAGAGGGCCGCGCCCCCUCAGCGCCGAAUCACAUGACCGAGACGCCCCCGCCCGCCGGCUCCAGCCCGGCUCUCUCUGCUCCACGGACGGACAGGCCACGCGACCUGGCGACCUGGCCCGGGAGCCUCUGCGGGCGGGGCGGGCCUGGGGUUCGGGGCCGACACUUAAAACCCCGCUAGAAGACGUGCCUUCCACAAAGUCCCGGCGCCCCCCGCGGAGCCCGCCCUCCCGCCCCGCCCGCCAGGUGCCAGCCGCUCCCCUGCCGUCCACCUCCCAGGUGCUCUGUCGUGUGAUGUGAAGUAAACGUGUGACUUGUGUUGUCAUGGCCGUUCAGUGUCCCGGACUUCCAGCCACGGAGGCCAGCCCAGCUCAGUCCCAGGGAGAAGGGGACGGGGAGGGGUGCCAGGCCCGCACCCGAUGCUGUCCCUCUGGCAAGACCCGGAGCCCACGCCGCCCCACGGGCCUUGCAGGGGCAGGCGGUGCGAGGACACGCAGGCGCGGCCGGCUCCUGCCUUGGGCUUCCACCGGCUCUGGCUUUUCCACGGGGAGGAAGAGGCAUUCCCGCUGCCUUCUCCGCGGGCACCGGGGUGGAAGGCGGGCGGUGGCCCCUGUGCCUCCCCCAGCGGCGUGUCCAGGGCCGGAGGCCGUGUGUCCUGCGGACGGUCACUGUGACACUCGGUGCUUAACUCUCUGUGGUGCUAUCUGUCCCGAGAUCCUGAGGGCGACGCCGGCCUGGCCGGGCCUCCCCUUCCGCCCUCCACAGUCCGGGUCUCUGCCGGGGACGCCGCGGCCCGCGGUCACACCCUCCAGGCCCGUGGCCCGCGUCCGGCCUCGCUCCUGUGAUUUGAAAAUGCCUGCCGGUCGCCAAAGCAGAUGGUCCUCGGCCCGAACGUCUGGUGCUAAUUUCUGUGGUUGCUAAUUCAUGGACCCGCUUGGCGGCCCCGGUGCUGCCCCAGGCCCCGCCCACGGGGACACGCGGGCGAUGAACUUGGCAGGCCCGUCCCACAUACACAGUUUGGAUUUCCAUCGGCAACACCCGCAAGGCUCUGGGCGCGCCCCUGGGGGCGAGGGGCUGCCCCCUCUGAGGGCGAGGACCGCGGCCUGAACUGUGAAAGCAGCCCCUGGGCUCCCGCAGCCGCCGCCCGCCCAGCCACCCGUGGCUCCGGCUCAGGCAGCCCCUGCACGGCCACGGAACCACCACCGCCCACGAGGACUCCCCCAUCGCCCGUGGAAGUCCGUCCCGCUCUUGCCAAAGAGAAGCCGCUUCCAGAGACCGUGGGGCCCGGCACACCACGCCCAGGACUGUCCCCCUGUCCGUCCGUCCCCCCGCGGAGAAGCCGUGCCCGGGGGCUCUCCAGGUCAUGUGAUUCCGGUUGGAUUUCUCGUCGCCCUCCUUCCCUCCUGUCAUGUCCGCCUCCAUUGGCCAGCCCUUCCAAGCUGUAAUUCGUCCCGAAGUCAGAACGUGCCCCCCUCCGACCAUAUAUUGCAAUAAAAUACUUCUAUAUUUGCAGACGUC